UAAGUUGAAUGAGGGUUCUUGUUCUUGGGUUCUCCCCCUCUUUCUCUCUCCCUUCUACAUCUGUGCGGCGGCGGCGGCGGCGGCGGCGGCCUCUCAUCCCCAUCCAAAGCGAGCAGCGAGCAGCCUUAUCUGCUCUCAGUCCUCACGUGGCCACGCCGAAGACCAGAGCAGAGCUGCGCCGCGCCCUCGUCUGAUUCUGAGGAAGGAUGGGGUCGGAAAGGGAUGAGGAGGGUGGGGUGGGGGAACAAUCCUCUGUAGCGGCCGGCGACGAGCCAGAUCGGACGGCGGCGACCACGGAAUUCCUUCCGAGCAUGGUGAAUCAGGAAUGGGACAAGGCGGGGUGCACCGACGAAUCCAUCCAGAAGUGGACGGCGGCCGACGUCUUCCGUCCAGGCGAGCUGAUCGAAUGGCGAAUCCCCACCACAGGUGAGACUCCGUCGCCGUCCAUCCUGGAGGACCAGCUUGUGGUCUUGUCUCUGAAUCACAUAAUGUGCGGCCUGAGGACGGACGCGAGCGAUUUCCUGGUCAGAGUGCUCGAGCACUACGACAUCGAGUGGUCUCACCUCACCCCGAACUCGAUUACCGCACUGAGCAUCUUUGCCCACCUGAGUGAGGCCUACUUGGGUGUGCCACCGACGGUGGAGGUGUUCGCGCACUUCUACAGGCUCUACACCAAUAAUAAAGGAGAAACAGUCACACUCGGGGGUGUCUACUUCCGGCUGAGGGACAAGAUGAGGAGGAGUUAUCCGGUUUACUACUUGAAGGCCUCACAGUUCGGGUGGACUUCUCUGUGGUUCUAUGCAAAGUUACCGCAGAGCUGCAGAUUGACCUUCAAGGGUGAAACACUGAAGGAGACAAACAAUUGGAAGGAUGUGUUGCUUCUUUCCCCUGAGCAGGAGAAGCAGGUUCGCCAAAUCGAGGAGCUGAGCAACCAAGGGUUGACUGGUGUAGACAUUGUCCACGACUACCUCAAGCACCGGAUAAGCCCUUUGCGCCGAAGAGCGCAUUUGUCGUGCAACUACACUGGUCCAACAGAUCCCACCAGGGAUUCGGAUAAAGACAUUUCUGAGGAAGACAUUGAGAGCAGGCUAAGCUACCUUCUAGACCUUAAGAAGACAGGGCAGAAGGAGCCCCCAAAGAGACCUAAUGUUCCAACCAGCCUGAUUAGAGCAUCAGUCGAUCGAGCCAAUCAACCUAUCGGCUUGCUGAAUGUUCUGCCGACUCUCAGAGCUAAGAAGAAAGCAGUUGAUGAGCUGACAGCUCCAAGGACAGCUCCAAGAAGUAUUAGGAAAUCUUCGGAUAAUGAUCUUGCCCCAGCAUCCCCACGAAGAUGCACAAGGCAAUCUGCUAUUACCAGGAAGGUACCUCCAGCUCCUGAAAUUGAUUCUUCCGAAGAUGAGGAGAUUCCAGAACCAGAAGCCAGAACAACUAUAACAACUGCAGCUUCUCCGAACCGGGGCGUGGAGCAGAAAUCUAUAGAGAACCCUGCUGAGAUUGAAGGGGGGAAAAGAGUAGCAUUGGUGAAGCCUAUUUCCUCAGGUGGCAAAAGAAAGUUCUUCGCCUCCCCUUCUGGUUCUCAGAGAAAACCAAAGUACUCAUUUAUUUCCGCUAUGGCAAAGACCAGGACACCAUCUUCGGACACUGGUUGUAUGAAAGGGACUUCCUUGAGAAAAGAGGCAGCAGUGGCCCUGAAUCCUCAGUCACCAGGAUCAACUCGACCCUCACCUGCCUCUUCAAUGGAAAAGGGUGAGAAGAGAGCGCUGUUCAUACUAGCUAAUGUGGUCAACCAGAAUAAUGUGGCUGAGGACUCUGUGUCGAAUGCACUCCUUGACCAGCGUGUUAGGGAUGAUCCUCCCAAAGAAGCCGAUCCUACACAAUCUAUUGCUGAGAGAGUUCAACACCAGGAAGCCAUUAAGGAAUCAGCUCCCAUUGCGGUGCCUAAUCCAGAGGAAAUAAACAGUGAGGUGAUAUGGGAGAGGAUGCAGAAAGUUUACAGUGAAUUUCUGUCUUCGAGAGAGACAACAUUUUCUGAGCUUUUAGAACAAGCAAAGAAGCUGGUCGUGGCAAGCAAGCACCCGAAUGAUGAGCACAUAAUGCUUGAACAACAAGUGAAAGACCUCAAAGGAAACAUAAGCCUCUUAAAAGACAUGAUGACGAAAGCCAAGCAGGAGACAUUAAAAGGAAUAGAAGAAAAUACAAAGCUGAAAGAUGAGAUCAGAGACCAGAAGAAGAUGAUCGAUGAGCUAAGUAAGCAAAACGAGUCAACCCAGGAGUCCUUGGCUCAAAAAUACGCAGAGGUGAACCACCUCAAAGAAGAGGCUGCUCAAAAAUGCGCAGAGGUGAACCGCCUCAAAGAAGAGGCUGAAGGGCUCAAGAAAGACAAGGAAGAGCUGCAAUCACGUGUCUCACGUGCCAAUGAACUUCUCCAGCUCAUGACGAGUGCUUUGUGCCAGGGAAAGGGUGCUGACAACAGGCAGCUUCCUGACUUUUGACGCCUAGAACUUCAGAAAUGCUGAUAGCAAGGAUCGAAUCAAAAUUUCAUGUUUUGUGCAUCUAGCCCUAGGCUAACCGAUUCAGCCAGCGUUUGGAGGUAGACAAGGUUGGACUCUUGGAAUGCUGGACUGUACUCGUAUGUAUAAAUAGCAUCAGGACUCCUAUUGUCGAGUGUACGGGGAACUUUGUGGUAGAUCUGUUUAACCACCUGGGUGCUUAAACGGUGUUUUAAUUGUAAGCGCAAGUCCUUUGUGCUUAAAGAAGAGUUUUGGUAAGUUUCAGGCAAAGUUCAAGCUUUGAGGCUCUCUAUUUA